AUGGGUGUUCCAGCAAUCUUGUUCAGGGUAUCUUUUCUGGCCAUACUCAUCAAAUUGGCCUUGGCUACAAAUUUCAUCGUUGGAGGACCAAAUGGUGGAUGGGACACAAACUCAAACCUUCAAUCAUGGGCAUCAUCUCAAAUAUUCUCAGUGGGAGAUAGUCUUGUUUUCCAGUACCCGCCAAACCAUGACGUGGUUGAAGUUACAAAGGCAGACUAUGACUCUUGCCAGCCAACUAACCCUAUUCAGUCUUACAAUGAUGGCACCACAACCAUCCCUCUCACUUCACCAGGGAAAAGAUACUUCAUCUGUGGGACAAUAGGACAUUGCAGCCGAGGAAUGAAGGUUGAAAUAGACACUCUUUCUAGUGCAAUAACUGCGCCCACACCAGCAGCAUCUCCUGAAGAUUCGACUACUUUGCCUGCAGAAUCUCCCGAAGAUUCUACUACCACGCCUGCAGAAUCUCCCGAAGAAAUUCCCACCGUACCAAGUCCAUUGUUCCAAACUCAUCUUGAAAGUCCUAUAUUCUCUCCAGUCAUUCCUUCCACCGAAUUUCCUGCUUCUGUUUCACCGGUAGCACAACAUUCACCAGACCUAUCAGCUUCAUCUACCAGGAAAGGAAAUAUACAAUCCUUCCUUGCAGUAGUGUCAAGCUUUCUAAUGAUAUUUAUGGCCUUCUAA